AUGGGUGAAAAAUACGAUGAUAAUGAACAAAAAGGUAUAGUAGCAUUAGAAAAUAUUAAUAAGGGUGAAUUAGUAUCGCGGUGUGAUCUGUCAAUAUGCAAUUAUGAUUAUCCUAUUAAAGAAGGUGAUCAUUGUACAAGAGAUGAAUUAUUAAAAUUAAUUGAAAAAUAUCCAUUAGCAAAACAAUAUCUUACUUCCUAUUCUGUUAUGAUUGAUGAUAAUUGUUUUUGGAUACCAAAAUAUUAUAAAGAAUGUAAAAUAACAGAACCAUGUGUAUAUUUUAAUCAUUCAUGUGAUCCAAACUGUGCAUAUUCUGAUGAUGAUUUAUUAUCAGUUUCUGCAAUAAAAGAUAUUCAUGUAAAUGAGGAAUUAACCCUACAUUAUGGUACAGUUGAUACAGAAGAAAGUUUAUUAUUAGAUUUAAACUGUAAAUGUGGAUCAACUAAUUGUUCUAAAAUAUUGAAAUUUGAUUGGUACAAACAAGGUGAAUGGCAAAAUAAAUUUGAACAAUAUUCAACUGGUUAUAUAAAACGUAAAAUAAAAGAAUAUCGAGAAAAAGACAAUAAUUAA